AUGAAACAUGGAGAGAUAGAACAGUUUUGCAAGGAGCGCCUUACUAUGGAAGAGGGAUCCAGUAAAAUCUUCAACGAGAGCAUAAACCGAAUGUAUGGUGAAUACCGAUUCGCUUUGGCAUUGAACGAGCAGAAGGCGUUCAAAGGAUUCCUCGACCAAGCUGUUGUCAAGGCUUUCAAGAAUUACGUAUGGCAUGAGUGGCCGUGA